AAGCAUCGGCUUGUAAGUGGCUUGGAAGUGAAAAUUAUCAUUUCAUAAUUCAUUUGCUUCGAAUGUAUUUAGUGUAGCAAAUUAAUCGUUGCUGUGCAAAUUGUGUUUUGUGCCCAGUCGAAACAACCAAUGGCAGAAAAUCAAUCUAUCAACCAGGAGGAACCGUAUUGGCAUCGGCUUGUGCUGAGAUGGGUUUCAUGUGCUCAACUGAACGCCGGCCUCGGUAACCACAAUCUAGCUACAUGCUACUACAAUUUCCGAUGCAAGAUCAAAGACCAUCAUGAUUUGCAGGAAAGCACAGUAGUGGAAUUUCUGCGCGUAAAGUUUCCACACUUCGAGCUGCAACUGGGGAAGGCAAAUGCAAUACCGGAAAGCGAUGAUAUUUAUGUGUUUUCGUUGAUGCUCUAUUUUUCCUGCGUUCGGCACUCGAUACCGUAUUUCCAAAACAUAUGCCAACAGUUGGAUGUUGCAUACCAGCACAGCAUAAAAGCGUUUCUGAACUCAUUCGUUCCGGAAAAUGACAAUAAGAUCAUUAUUAACCGUGCAUUCAUGGAUAAAGCCUUUCAAAACGCCAAGCGAUCAGCUACCGUAUUAAGCGAAGAUUCAUGUAAUAGACGAGAUCAUAGCCAAAACGGCGUACAGAUGCUCACAAGCACACCAAUCGGAAAGCUCGAAAUGAAGAAACCGUCACCACCGACACCGAAAAGCGUAGCGCUUGAAUGGAAGGUAAAAAAUCUCCACGCAAUGCUAGAAUCUGCCAGAACGGAAAACAUUGUCCAGGAAAGACAAAUCGAGCAAUUGCUGCUAAAUGUUAAGGAGCUACAGGAAGAUAAAAAAAGGUACCAGUCAAAAAUAAGCGCUUUACAGCUGAAGGAAACAUGCGCGUGUGCGAGCAAUUCUGCGGAGCUCUCACAUCCUACCAGCAGAGCAACGGAACAACUGCAAAAACAAAUUGAAAUAAACAUUAAGAUCAUAGAGGAACAGCAAGAAGAAAUUAACCGGGCAAGGGAAAACGCAAAGACAGCAAUGGAACGACACAUGGCAUUAAAAAAGCAAUACGCAACGGUUCGGGAAGAUAAUCAGCGAUUGAAGAUUUCGGUAGAUGAUUUAAAAGAGGAGCUUAUUUUAAGGGAUAAUAUCAAUCAAAAUCUCACUGAGGCCGUUAACGAUUUGCGACGCUUUAUACGGGAAAAUCAUAUUGGGGGCGCUGCGUUGAUUGAACCGCUGGAGAGCUCAUUUGAGUAUUUGGACAAGUCUUUUAAAAAUAUGACAUCUGACGAUAGUCAAUAUUGUGACUCGGAGAACCUGGCAUCUACAGUGAUAGACAUCAAAUUGAAAGAGAAAGAGCAUGAAAAUGAAGAGCUGACAAAGAAAAUACAAGACUUGGAAGAUAAAAUACAAGAUUUACAACGUUCGCACAAUGAAAUACUCGAACAACAGCAAACAGAAUCAAACGCGAAGAUUACCGAAAUUCAACGAUCGUUGGUUGAGUCAGAAAAAAUUAAAACGCUACUGACGCGCGAUCUCGACAAGCAUAAAAUGGAUAAAGAAGCUUUGAUUGGACAGUUGAAGUCCUUAAAGCAGUUACAGAUUGAAGAAAUUGAACGACUACAGGGCGAGAUGAAAGAACAAUCUACAGAGCUUCAACGACGUGUAGACGAAGCGGAAGAAAGUAAAACGCACCUUGAAAUCGAACUCAAGAAGGAAAUGACAAAGACACAGAAUCUUAGACUCGAAGAGGUGAAUGAAAAAAUUCUGAAACUUCGACAAACAGCAGCUGAUGCAGUGAACGACAGAUUACAACUCACAACCAGUAUCGAGAAAGGCGAAGCUAGGAUAGCAGAUCUGAUUGCCCAGUUAGCGUCGCACAAGAAAAUGCAGAUCGAUGAACGUGAGCGUAUGCAGACUGAGAUGAACCAGAAAACUACAGAGCUUCAACUAUGUCUGCAUACGGCAGAGGAAAGUAAAACGUGCCUGAUAAGCGAACUGAUGCAGGAACAAUCAAAGACUCACGAUCUGAAUCGUGAACUCGAUAAGCAAAAAAAUCUGCAGGCGGACAUGGAUGAGAAAACUAUAAGGCUAGGACAAGCAUUAGCUGACGCAGAGAAGAGCCAGUUGCAAAUUACCAUCAAUCUCGAGCAGGUUAAAGCUGAAAGAGAAGAUUUGGUUGAACAAUUGAAGUCCUUGAAGCAGCUACAGAUUGAAGAAACUGAACGACUGCAGGUAGAGAUGAAGGAGAAAACUACAGAAAUGCAACGACGUUUAGAUGAAGCAGAAGAAAGCAAAACGCACCUUGAAAACAAGCUUAAGAAAGCACAGUCAAUUAAGCAAGAUCUGCAUCAUGAAUUAAAUCGAAUGAAUGAACAAAUUGCAGAACUCCGGCAAACAGUAGCUGAUGCCGCAAACGACAGAAUACAACUCACAACCAGUAUCGAGAAAGGUGAAACUAGGAUAGCAGAUCUGAUUGCCCAGUUAGCGUCGCACAAGAAAAUGCAGAUCGAUGAACGUGAGCGUAUGCAGACUGAGAUGAACCAGAAAACUACAGAUCUUCAACGAUGUAUAGACACGGCAGAGGAAAGCAAAAUUUGUCUGGCUGACGAACUGAAGAAGAAAGAGGCAAAUACACAGGAUCUGAAUCGGGAACUCGCCCUGCAACGAAAUCUGCUAGCUGACAGCACUGAGCAAAAUACAUCGCUUCGACAAGCGUUAGCUGACGCAGAGAAGAGCCAGUUGCAAAUCAUCCUCAAUCUCGAACAGGUUAAAGCUGAAAGAGAAGAUUUGGUUGAACAAUUGAAGUCCUUGAAGCAGCUACAGAUUGAAGAAACUGAACGACUGCAGGUAGAGAUGAAGGAGAAAACUACAGAGCUGCAACGACGUUUAUAUGACGCAGAAAAGAAUAACAUUUGUCUUACAGGCGAUCUUGAAAAGGGCAAAGCUAAAAUAGACGAUCUGACAUGUCAGCUAGAGUCACAAAAGAAAAUACAGAUCGAGGAAUGUGAGCGUUUGCAAGCUGAGAUGAAUAUAAAAACUACAGAGCUCCAACGGAAUUUAAACUCUGCAGAGGAAAGCAAAACGUGUUUGACAGGCGAACUAAAGCAAGAACGGACAAAGACACAGGAUUUGGACCGGGAACUCGUCAUUCAACACAACCUGCAGGCUGAUAUGAUAAAACAAAUUGCAGCGCUUAAACAAUCAUUAGCUAAUGCAGAAAAGUACAAACCACAGCUACUUCGCGAAAUGGAAAAGAAUGAAUGUAAGGUAGUAGAAUUGUUACGUCAGUUGGAUUUGCUAAAAAAGCUACAGAUGGAAGAAAGUGAGCGGGUGCAGGUCGAGAUGAAGGUAAAAACAGCUGAUUUGCGACAAGCCUUAUCUGCUGCAGAGGAAGGCAAAUUACAACUCGUAAGCGAACUCGAGAAUGGUAAAACUGAGCGAGAAGAUUUGAUUUGUCAGUUGGAGUUGCAAAAGAUACAGCAAAUAGAAGAACGGGAGCGUUUGCAGGCGGAGAUGCAGCAGAAAACUGCAGAGAUGCGACAAGCAUUAACUGAUGCAGAAAAAGACAAAUCACAACUCGUAGAUGAACUAAACCGUCUGAAGUCUGAUGCCAGUCUACGCACCGAAAUGCUUGAGAUGGUUUCGGCGCUACAACUAAAUUUAGAGCAAGAGAAGGAAAAAUCUGAAGAAAUCAAUUGUCAAUAUAUGCAGGUCAAAAAGCAGGCCGAUGAUCUUAAUAUGCAGUGUACAAAGUUGAUGCAGAAGCUGUCCGAUGAACGGACUGAUCUAUCCAAUCUUGAGAAGGAGCUUGUCGGCAAGGAAGCGAAACUGAAGGAGCUGAAUGCGCUGUACGAAGAGAGACAGAAGCAGUUCGAAAAGAGCUAUCAAGAUAACGAAAUACUCUCUGUGAAACUGUACAAGGCGCGCGCGGCACUGAAAGAGAAGGAGGACUCAUGGACAAAAGCACAGCAAGACAUGAAGAAGGCUAUGGAAGAGAAGCUGCGUGAUGCCAGGGUCGAGUUUGAUAGCACGAUGGAAAAGAUGAAGGAGCGAAUGAAAGAGCUGCAUAAAGAAGUUAAAACAAAGCUAGAAUGCGACAAUCAAGGAUUGGCAUUAACAGCUGAUGGCUACAAAAGGAAAGUUGACAAUCUUGAAAUACGAUGUAGCAAAUUACAGAAACAGCUUGCCGAAAUGAACGAACGAAAUCUAGAAGUUCGAAAGGAAAAUCAACAUUUGCAUAUCAAGUUAAAAACAUUGGAAGAGUUCGGUCAUGAUCGCAAGUCAUUAAUGCUACCAUCCCAGGCCAGUUUGAGAAGCAACCUAAGGAUGGAAGACGAGGAGGGUGAGCUAUUCAACAAUAUGUACCUGGCAGAUUUGAAGAGUGGACGCUGUGAAUCGCCGGGUCCGACAAACGGUGGUUUAGACCGGUACUCUGAACUUUCCCAGCGCAAUUCGAAACUUUUGCCACACUUGCGCACCAACUAUGUUGCACUCGCACCAGACUGUGAACCACCAUCGCACGACGACACCCGGGAUACCAUGUCAACCACAUUUGACGAUAGCUCUACUGGGUUGAUUACGCGCCGAAAGGUGAGCGGUAUCACGUCUUAUAAACGUCCCGGGCCACCCACACCGAGCAAGCGUGCCGGUCGGCUCUCGCUAAACGGUGGUCUGGCGGGUAAUGGUGGCGAGAUACAGUACAAGGAUGCACUGCGUGACACAAACGUGAAUGCUGCCACAGGAGGUGCCGGUUCCGGGACGGAACCAACCGGCAGUACACGGGCCGGGCGAACGAAAACGCCCGGUAAGUUCAAGCAGAUGAUCAGUUCAUCCAGCCUGCUGAACAAUUUUCAACGAGAUGAGAGCCACACUUCGGCGAUGCCCAACGCUGCUAGACGCGUACAGCAGUCGGUAAUGGAUAAGGUCCCGGACAUGCCAUCGAAAAGACCCAUCAGGUUAAAUGCCGUUGCCAAAUGCAAACGCUUCCAACGUAAAAUGUUGUUCGAUUCCAAUCGGUGCCUGGCCAUACAAGAUUGUGCUGUGGUAAGGGAUGAAAUUCGUCUACCGUUGGGUACCAUAUUGGAAUGGAAAGAGAAGUCUCUGGAAGAAGAUUACGUCCAGAGUCGCUCCGUAAGCAAGGCAAAUCCUUUAACACCUGUAACUACGGCUCCGUUGGCAAUGAGCAAGACGAUAUCUACCUUGACGGACAUUACUACUACUACGACCACUACACCGACGUUCGCUACAACCAAUCAUAUGGAGCUUGUGACUGCUCUCGCCGCAAACGACUACAACUUUAAGCAUCCGUAUGGCAGCAAUAGACAUAAUAUCCUUCGGAUGCAAGCACAAAGCCGCGAGAAACGUCGCCAGCUGUAUGAUGAAACGCGCAAAGUUGCACCCAAAGGCAUAGCACCCAUGGCUAUUGGAUCUCCCGCCAUUGGCGUUAAUGCACAUCACAGGGACGAACACGAUCUAGACUCUACCAGCGACAUCACUGUGUAUCACAGUUUCACAAGCGACAUAGACGACAGUUAUAUUCUACCACUGCCCAAGUACUCUGCCGGGACCGUUUCCACCCCUUACCAUACAUCAGCGGGUGAGCGUGACACCGGUACGCUACACUUGCUUCUUCUAUUGGCUUACUUUGGUUUUUUUGCGCAGAUCUUGUUCUGUCUCGGUAACUUUUCGGCUACGAUUCAUCCUCCGCACGAUGGACAAACCUAGCGAACCGUUUGCACCAACUCGUGCUCUUCAUGGAGAUAUUAUGCCAUUAUUUAUUUAGCUUUAGUCCAUAGUUAUUUCUCUAGUGAUAGAAAGUAGGUUUUCGUAUACUCUUAGCCUUAUGUAUGCACGUUAGUAAAGGAAUGGUGUUUUCUUAAUACCGCCGAAUAAAUCCGUCUUUAGUCACAUUGCCCGUA